UUUGACAGUAUCCAACGUGGUAUAAAGCCGAUGGUCUUUUUAUAAUAAAUACAUUUUAAAAUACAUAAAUCUUUCCAUUAUAUAUAAUUUAUUUUUAAAACAAUACAUAUAUAAAUAUAUAAUACUUAGUGUACUUAAAUAAAAACAAUAUUUUUACAAAGAUACUCAUUGAACUUUUUAUUAAAAACCAGUUAAUUAUUUAUUGAAGAUAUUAAAAUGUUGCGAUUGACUUUAUUAUCAGUGUUUUUAUUAAUUGGAAUAAGUUUACCUGCUUUUGCAUUGAAAGAAGGCGAAUGUGAAGUAUGUGUGAAAACAAUAGACAAAUUUGCCGAUACAUUAACAGAAGAUGUAAAAAAGGAUCCGAAAAAAAUAGAAUCAGAAUUUAAAAAAUUCUGUAAAACUACUAAAGGAAAAGAACAUCGUCUUUGCUACUAUUUAGGUGGAUUAGAAGAAUCAGCAACAGGAAUUCUUGUUGAAAUGAGUAGACCUCUGUCAUGGUCACUGCCGUCAGAUAAAAUUUGUGAAAAAUUACGUAAAAAAGAUGCACAAGUUUGUGAUUUAAGAUUUGAAAAACAAAUCGACCUUGAAAAAGUAGAAUUGAAAAAACUGAAAGUACGUGAUUUAAAGAAAAUAUUAAAUGAUUGGGAUGAAAAUUGCGAUGGAUGUAUUGAAAAAACCGAUUACAUAAAACGUAUCGAGGAACUUAAACCAAAAUACACAAGUAGUACAAAGAAAACAGAACUCUAAAUUAUUUUUUCUAAGAUUUAUAAUUUUAAAAAUUUAUUCAUACAAAACAAGAAUUAAAGAUACAUAUUUUUAUGUUUUGAUUUUAUCAAAAAUUUUAAACAACUUUUAUGAUCAAUUAUCAUGAUGCACACACAACAGAUUAAUGCCAGUUAUAUUUAUUUUUUAUUCUAUUAAACCGAGUUAUUAUGUAUUAUUUAUUACUGAUGAUGAUAAAUAAUAUUUAAACCAAAACAUAACAAUGACUGCUAAAUAUUAAUAAUUAUCAUUAAAUCUCCA